AUGGAAGUGGACUCGGGAUCGGCCAUUUCAGUUAUGUCCGAACAAUUUUUUUUGCAAUACUUUCCUACCGUAACAUUGAAUUAUAAAUGUAAUAUCCGAAUAUGUGUUUAUAACGGCCAUAAAAUUACGCCUUUAGGUUAUUUCUGUACAAAGGUAAAAUAUAACGGUUUCAUGAAGCAAUUAAAUUUCUUUGUUAUAAAAAAUGGUGGGCCACCACUUUUAGGGCGUGAUUUUAUGUCUCAAUUUAAAAUUAAGUUGACAUCAGUUAAUAAUAAUAACAUUUUAGUGGACAGCUAUGAAAGUGAAGUUCAAAAUUUAUUAAAUACGUACGCGGACUUGUGGAGUAAAGAACUUGGGGCAUUUAAUAAAUUUAAAAUCACCUUGCACCUUAAAGAUAACGCGGUACCAAAAUUUUUUAAGCCACGAACUGUGCCUUUUGCUCUGAAAGACAAAGUAAAUUAA